AGUUGUUUAUUUAGACAGUUCCACUUAUCAGGUGCAUUUGUGCUUGUACCUUUGUGUGAUAAAAAAGUGAGUUGGUUCAGGGGUUAUAGGUUGAAAAAUUUGUUAGAAUAGUAAAAAUCUGUUGAGAAUGCCAGCUGCAGUUCCUAUACCUAGAGAGUCCCCCUCAAUUGAGCCUCGGGGUAUAAAUGCCGUCCUUUUGGGUCCUCCUGGUUCUGGAAAAGGGACUCAAGCUCCCCUCAUCACCCAGAAGUAUUGCAUUUGCCAUUUAGCGACUGGGGACAUGCUGAGAAAUGAGGUUGCCUCUGGUUCAAAAUUGGGGGCUGAUAUUAAGAAAGUCAUGGAUGAUGGCAAACUGGUCAGUGACGACCUUGUGGUGGACUUAAUUGAUACUAACUUGGACAAACCUGAGUGUAGAAAUGGCUUUUUACUUGAUGGUUUUCCUCGGACAAUAAAGCAAGCAGAAAAGUUGGAUCAGCUCUUGGAUAAGAGGAAAACAAGUUUGGAUGCUGUUAUUGAGUUUGGAAUCGACGAUAACUUACUAGUACGACGUAUAACAGGCAGACUGAUUCAUCCAGGAAGUGGUCGGUCUUAUCACGAGGAAUUUCAUCCUCCCAAAAAGCAGAUGAAGGAUGACAUAACAGGGGAACCCCUAAUACGUAGGUCAGAUGACAACAUUGAAGCAUUAAAGAAACGGUUGAGAGCAUAUCAUGAGCAGACAAAACCCCUUGUUAGUUAUUAUCAAACGCGCGGCGUCCAUCACCUUGUUGAUGCUGCAAAGGCUAGCAGCGAUGUCUUUCGUAAUAUCGACAAAAUUUUUUUAGAGGCGCAAAAAAAAAGAAUGGCAUUGUAACAAAACCAGUUUCCUCAAAUAAUAUAUUUUUAGAGACGUUUACAGAAGGCAAAACGGCCAAUUUUUCCAAUUCCACAUUACAACUAUGCAAACUUUAGCGGUUUUACUUUGUCAAAAGUUUCCAGAAGCAAAACACUACAUUAUUCACGCACAAAUAACGUUUAAAAGUAAAUGCACAAGUAAUUUGUUAAUUUUUAAGUCAUUCCAAAACAAAAAAAAUAAUUUACACUUGUAGAAAAAGUAAGAAAUAGUAACUGUACAGUCAUGAAAUAGUGUAAAUAUCAAAUAUUGAAUUUUAAUGUUUUAGGUGUAAGAAAAAAAAA